ACGACAACCCUUCCCCGAUGUAAACAAAAACACGCGGAGAACUCGGAUGUGAAUCCACCCAAAAAACUAAAAUUUAAAUGACCAGCUAUAGAAAAUACAUCUUGUGGUUCGCCCAGGAGCAUGUCGACUUUCGAGUUCAGGAGUUCGACUCGCUUGUUAAAAUGUUCGGACUCCAGGUCCGGAGGCUCACUGAACAGUCCUUGAAACCCUUUUGGUUGGUCGAGUUCCAAGACAAGGAAGCUGCCCUGAAAUACGCUUCCCGAUCUGUUUUGCUACGUGCGAUUUUCGAGCUCUACGCCCACGCCAACAACUUAACCGAAUUUCACGAGACGCUUCGGAAUCACGUAGACACAAAUCGACACGCGCUGGCAGGAUAUUUCCGACCAGAUACCAGCUUCAAGAUCGUGGUGGAGACUUACAACAAGCACUUCAGCCAGCGGGAAAAAGUCGCGAAAAUCGAGACUAUGGAUUAUUUACCGAUAGAAGGACCGGUCAACCUGAAGAAUCCCCAGGUUGAGUGGUGGUACAUCGAAUUUUGGGGCCUGGAUCCCACAGAUGUGCCGCCCGAACCUAAGGACAUUCUAUUUGGCCGACUGUUGGCCUCUGGUCAGAGGCAUCUUAUCAAAGACCUGUCGUUAAAGCAGCGGAAGUUCAUCGGGAACACGAGCAUGGACGCCCAGCUGAGCCUGCUGAUGGCCAACCAGGCAAUGGUGCGCGAGGGUGACCUUGUAUUCGACCCCUUUGUUGGCACGGGCUCGCUUUUGGUAAGCGCGGCAAAGUGGGGCGGCUAUGUGCUAGGAGCCGAUAUAGACUACAUGAUGGUGCAUGCUCGCUGCCGACCUAGCCGCAUUACUCAGAAGGUGCGCGAGAAGGACGAGAGCAUCCGGGCCAACCUAAAACAGUACGGUUGCGCGGAUCGCUACGUAGACGUGGUGGUUGCGGACUUCUCCAACCGAUUGUGGCAUCCUCGCCUCUCUUUUGACAGCAUCAUAACAGAUCCUCCUUACGGAAUACGCGAGGCCACAGAAAAGGUGGAGACGAAGAACAGCUCCAAGGACAACACUAGAAGAGAGGACAUGGUGCAUUAUCCGUCAACGUCGCACUACUCCUUGCAGAGUCUUUACGGAGACUUGCUGGAGUUUGCUGCAAGGCACUUAAGACUGGGUGGUCGCCUUGUGUGUUGGCUGCCUUUCCACCGCGAGGACUACGACCCCAAGAUGCUCCCACACCAUCAGUAUUUGAAUCUGUUGGCCAACUCAGAGCAGCCAUUAACUGGGAACACUGCACGACGCUUGCUUACCUACGAAAAAUGUUCCGAGUACAGUUCGCCAGACCGGUCGUUGGCAAGCGCAACACAGAUGUCCACGCUCUCACAGGACUUUAGGGAUCGAUACUUUAACAACGAUCUGGAGUCACGCAAGGACCGUCGAAUGCGAAAGGCUGAGCAGCGGGAACAGGGCCGUGUCGAGAUGGAAGCGCGAGGAAAGAUUCCCUCGAAUGGGCGUUCUAAAAAAUGUAGCCUUAACAAGGCUCGUUUUAACUGAUAAUUUGGACAUUAAUUAAAUAUAAAGAAACGAAUAUAAAUAUUUAUAUCCGUAGAUUACAUGGUAUAAUGUAUUCGAUGAAAUUUAUGUAACAGGUAGAAGAAAGUUUUUCUGACCCUAUAAAGUGACUAGGAUCACUAGCCGAGUGGCUCGACAUCAUAUAAGCGUUACUCAGGUAACCAUUUUAAUCACCAGAGUGUGUGAAGGCGACUACUAUAUACAUAGAUCCGCAGAAUUAACAAUCUGUAGUUUCAAAAUAUUAUUUAGUAAGCUAGUGUAAUCUUUCUCUCGGUUUACUAAGAUUAACAUUACAAAAUUUUAUGUUAGUCAUCCGUGGUCACGUAUGUUA